GGACUCAAUGGCUGGUGACGAAAGAGUGGAGGGGUGUUUAGCAAAGUGUGUUGUGGGCCUGCGUGCCAGCUGCGUGUGUGUGGUUGGGUAUAUCUCCAAACUGCUGUAACUGAAUUAAGGCAUGAGAUGAAUGAGAAAGGAAACUGAACGAAAUUCUCUCCCUCUUUUCUCCCCCCUUCCAAGUUCAGAUCCUUCUCUUGUUCAAUUCGUCAGAUCCUGCUAAAGUGCUAACCAUCAUACUAGUAGGUGGUACACAUUUCCGACCUCAAUUAGGAGAAGCAGAUUGAUUUUCCCUCAAUCCGAGCUGAGGUCAGUGUCCGAGCAGUAGCCUGUAUAACAUAGCUUGGGGGUGGGACGGAAAAGAUCCAAUCAAGUCCACAGGCUGUGAUUUGCAGAAGGAAACCGCGAGCGAUGGUGAGGAAACUGCCGACUUCUGCUCCGGCCAGGGCGGCGGCGGGAAGGAAGCGAAAAGGUGCCACCUUGGCAAAGCUCGCCGCGUGCAAGCGCCCUGCGUCGGCGCAAGCAAUCAGCGGCUGGGCGUCCCUGCCCACGGACAUAGUUGGCCUCAUCACCUGCCGUAUCCUCGACCGCGACGUGGUAGAUUACAUCUCCUUCCGCGCCGUUUGUUCCGACUGGCGCGCCUGCACGCCCAGGCCGUGCGACCCUACUCUGCGUGAUCCCCGCCUCCGCCCCCGCGACUGGGUCGCGCUCUGCGACGGCGACGCCGUCCGCCCAGACGAUGCCGGACAGAUCGUCUUCUUCCAUACGCGCACGGCCAGGCGCCUCCGCGUCCCCCUCCGGGAACUCCGGGGGCACAGGAUCGUCGGCUUCACCGACGGCCUCGUCAUCCUCAUGCACAAGACCAAGACCGUGGUCAGCGUGCUAAAUCCGUUCACGCGAGUUGUGGUUGAUCUCCCGCCCCUCGCCCCCAUCUACCAUGAGGUGAUCAGGAUGAAGAAGUCUCUGCUCAACAUGAAUGCAGCGGUAUGCAGCAGCGUGUCCUCGGAGAACUCCAUCGCUGUGGUGGUCUGCUUCAUGUGCUCAAAUGUUGUGCUCGGCGCCAACCCAGGUUCAGAUUGGGAGGUCCUCCACAGAGGGCUUCAUGUUUUGAGAACCUUGCCCUUCCAAGGAGAACUCUAUGGUUUGUGAUUUUCUCUUGGUGGAGUCUGGUGGAAGGAUGCUGCUCGGUUCCUGAGGAAAAUUCGUCCAGCACCCGGUUCCUGAGGAAAAUUCGUGGGACUGGUCACCAGGAGUAGCCUUCAGGCUCUAUGCGGUGGAUCUGAACAGCCAGCACCACAAGCUUAUCCCGGUGAACAGCUUAGGUGACAAUGUGCUGUUUCUCGGCGACGACCGAUGCCUGUCUGUUUCGGCCAGGGACCUCCCUUCUUUGAGCAGUAACUCCAUUUGUUUCAGUUUAGGUACGUUUCCCAUCGUGAUGCACUCACUGGGGACUGGUUUGUCCGAGCCCUUGGCCGAGUCUUGCCAAAUACAUGACGGGAAGGAUAGGAUCCGCC